AUGGUCGCACUCGAAACAGUCGAGGAUGUGGAGAGAGCGUGGAGCAAAUACGAAACCACAGCAUUCAUUUACCUCGAGAACCCAGAGGACUACUCCCUUUACCCCAACCGCGAUGUGAUUCUAGGCGCGCAAAACAUCUACAUGAUUAGUGCGCACCAUCAACUGCACUGUCUGAAGAAGCUGCACAUAGCUAUGACGUUACUGGCACACCCACCGGAUCAUUCGACGACAGAGGAACUACUCGGUGGCGUGAAGCAUGCGGAGCAUUGCUUCAACUACCUCAGGCAGGGGAUUCUGUGUGCUGCGGAUUCGGCGUUGGAGGGACCGACGCCGGAGAAUGAUCUGUUGGGGUAUGAUGUCCAGCAUCAGUGUCGGAAAUGGGAUGGCAAGGGAGGUUUGGAUGAGUGGAGGAGGAAGCAUGAUGCGAAUAAUAUGAGAUGA